AUGAGCUCGGACGAGUCUGAUGAUGAACCGCUAUCUGUUAUAGCGGCUAAUAAGAGGGAACAAGGUGAUGAAGGUCCAGCAGAGAUAACUCUGGUUCCAGUUAAGAAGAAAAAGAAAGUAUCUCCUCCGAAGCGGCUUUCGAUCACUAUAAAGCUUCAACGUAAGAAGACUGACCAGCCACCAGUGAUAGAGCGGCCUGCGGACGUGUGGUUAUACUUAAAGGACUUCAAUCCAGCAGGCCCUUACAGCUGUUUACUUUGCUCAGAUUGGUUCAUAAACAGAUCAAAAAUUAUUAUCCACUAUGUCUUGAAUCAUAAGAAGGACUUUUGCGGUAUUUGUAGAUACUUUGUGCCUGACAGAGAUUCAUGGUGGAAACAUCAAAAGUUUCACACCCCUUGGCCUUGUUCCCAGUGUGUGCAGAACUUUGAGACAGAAGUAGAAAUCCGGCACCACCUGAAAACUGUUCACAAUCUCGUUCAUUGCAGGCUUUGUCACUUUAGGGUUCUGGAUGGUGACCCUUACCAUACACAUUUGUUCCAAAAGCACAACGUCAGUAAUGUAGCAAAUAAAGAUGAGGAAAACCUGUGGGAAUUAGAAUAUGAUGGUACCUCCAACUUUCAAUGUCUACUCUGCAAUAAACCUAACAUCACAACUAGAACCUUCUUCAACCACUACAUGGGGUACCACCACUUCACUCUAAAGUGCUUCACACAUCUCAUCUCAGGCAGAGAUCCUCCUUUCACUGUAUUUGGAGCUGACCUCAGACCAGAAUUUGUUGAGGAACAACUAAAGAAUCAUCCUAGGUAUGGUUAUGUUGAAUCUGACUUCAAACCUGCUGGCUGCCCUAUUGAAGCUGACCCAAGUGCUACCAAAGACCUGCUCAAAGUACUCAUACCUGAAAUAAAGCAAGAAGUGGUGGCUGUGGAUGAGGCCAAGACUGACGAUGGUCUGGAGAAGACAAAAGAUGAUGAUUAUGAUGAUGUCUAUAAGAACUACAAUGGGGAUGAUGACUUUGAUGUCACUUCCUUGGAACUCAUAGCCGUGCAAAAAUGUUACCAUGAUUACAUAAGUGAUAUUUUAUCAGAUUUCAAUGCUAAGGCAUUCUUUGAAUAUUCUGAUAUUAAUUAUGAGAAGAUUACAACAGAGAUUACUAUGGAUAUAGUCUGUACACUGUGUAGUGUGCGGUACAGCACAUUGUCUCUGUUUUCUGCACACAUGUUCAAAAUGCACUGCAUUAAGUCAUCACCCAUAUUUUCGUGUAGAGUGUGCGUCACACCUUUUGAAAACCAGACUGACCUGGACAACCAUAUAACCAAUGAGUUGGGGGACUUCGAAGAUCUCUGGAUAUGUCAGUUUUGUGAUAAAGAGUUUGACGACAGGGAGUCGACGCGGCGUCACUUGACUGAACAUUGGGAUGUGGUAGAAUAUGAUAAUUGUUUUAGUCCACAUUUAGGUUUCAAGUGCAGGUACUGUCCCACACUGUUCUGGCAUGAAACAGACAGGGAGACUCAUCAGGUCCGCGCACAUUACUUUAAUCAUAAAGAAGAUUAUUACAAGUGUGAAACGUGCAAUGAGUUGUUUAGUGAUAAGAUCUGGUUUGUCCACCACUACAUAGAAAGGCACAGCACUCCAGAGAAGACUCCGCUGUACCUCCUCAAGUGUUACCUCUGCUGUCUAGUACUGCCGACUAUCGAGGAGAUGAGAGGUCACUUCAACUGUGAACACCCUGAAGCUAGAAAGGUGUUCUGUUCCUUAGACUCCUGUCAGUACAAGCCUUUGAGUCAUAGAAAGUCUUUCAAACUGCAUGUGCGGUCCAUGCACACGUCCCGCGCGCGGCCGGAGCGCGCGGCGGACUGCAGCGUGUGCGGGCGCGAGUUCAGCAGCUCGCGCGCCUGCGGGGCGCACAUGGCGCAGGCGCACGGGCCCGGCAAGUUCAAGUGCAAGCUGUGUCGCCAGGUGCUGCAUACCAUGGACGAGAGAAAACUCCACUACCUAAUAACGCAUCCAGGCCAACAUCCGUUCGAAUGCAAUGAAUGUGGCAAGUCAUUCCAGUACAAGUCCUCUCUAUACAUGCACAAACAGGACCACAUACCCAACAAACAGAAUUAUACCUGUACCUACUGCGGGAAGACGUUUUUGAAACGCGAUUCAUUUCGCGAACACGUUCAAAUUCACGAGGGGCCCCGGCACGCGUGCUCGUAUUGUCCGAUGCGUUUCGUGCAGCGCUCGAACAUGUUACGACAUGAACGAAGGCAUACUGGAGAGAGACCGUAUGCUUGUCCACAUUGUCCUCGGAGCUUCGCUGAUAAAGGAGCUUGUAAUUCUCAUGCAAGGACUCAUUUGAAAGACACGUCGUACGCGUGCAUGUACUGCGGCAAGACGUUUGUGCAGAAGUCUAAGCUCACAUACCAUAUAAGAAAACAUACAGGAGAGAAUUUAGAGACAUGUCCGGUAUGUUCCAAACUGUUCACAAGUGCGUGCUCGUUGCGUGAGCACAUGAAGAUACAUGAGCCUAAGAAGGAGCUCAUCAAGUGUCCUCUCUGUGAUCGUAAGUACCAAGACGAGCGUUACAUGCUCCGCCACCUGCGCACGAGCCACACGCGCGCGCGCCACCCCUGUCCCAUCUGUAACAAGAUGCUCACCAGCCCCGCGGGACUCAGGCAUCAUGUCAUCACUCACAGCAACAUGAAGACUAUACAGUGUAAAAUGUGUCCAAAAGCCUAUUCAGUGAAGAGGACGAUGAUCAAACACUUCCGUCGUCGCCACGGCUUCAAGGGCACUGAACCAAAUAUAAAGGAGUUCUACACUAGACUGGACCCUAGAGAUUGCAACCUUGGACUCGACGAGCCUCUCAUGACCACUAUAUUUGGACCUCCGAAGAAGAAAUUGGAUGAAUUAUUAAUGGGGAAUUAUGUGACUCUAACUAAUAUGGCGCAGCAGAGUCAACUGCCAGAACGGUUUCCUAUACAGGCUCCGGAAAGCGAAACUGCAGAGGGUGCACCAAACGAACAUUCGCAACACUCCAUUCGUAAUGAUAACGAUGAACACUCACAAGAGAGUGAAAGAGAAGGUGGUUUUGCUCAACCAGACAAAGUCAUCAUAAAGGUUGAAGCUAAAGAAGAUGAAGAAUAUGAACACGACGCGGACCUUGAACCUACUGAUUUCGUUAGUGUCAAAAUUGAACCUAUGGAUGAUGAUCCAUGA